AUGGUCCCGGCUGUCCGUGUUGGGAUGGAUUCGCUCUCCCAGCUGUUCCAGGGCUGGGUGGACCGGAAGGUGGUCAGAAGCGAGGGGACAGUCCAGUCUGGGGAGAGGCGGGACGCUGAGCUGGGGCCGCACGGCUGCGCUGGUGACACGGAGCCCAUCCGAAGUGACAGCGGGACAUUCAAACUCUCCCGUGGAAGCGUGGAGUCCACUAGUCCUCAGGCCCCGGGGGCCCACGGAGACCCCUCUUACGCUCUGCGCCUGUGUGUCGCCAUCCGCCCCUCCUGCAGACGGGGCCUCUGCUGGGCUACUGGCCCCCGCUGUGUGCAGAGGAGCUUGCCAGGAAGAUCGGAGGUGCUGAGCAGUGGUGACCGCACCCACCAGCUCCCCAGGCGACGGCUGGUGCCUAAGCCCUACGUGCAGCCCAGGUUCCUCCCAACACUGUCCAAAAGAAGAACUGAAUUCCUUCCAGCAGCAGCCACGACUGCCACCGGGCGCAGCACCUGGACGGAUGAUGUACCCCCCAAACUGGCAGGGGAAGGGAAGGACCCGGUUUUCCUCGCCAAGGACUUCAACCUGCUGAAUCUGAACCAUCAGCAGCCAGGAGGAAACGGGGACCAGCAGACGUCAAAGAGGCUUGAGAAUAACCUGUACAGCCAGUAUGAGGAGAAGGUGCGGCCCUCCAUCGACCUCAUCGACUCCCUGCGGGCCCUGGGCGUGGAGCAGGACCUGGCCCUGCCCCCCAUCGCUGUCAUCGGGGACCAGAGCUCGGGCAAGAGCUCCGUGCUGGAGGCGCUGUCGGGGGUCGCCCUUCCCAGAGGCAGCGGGAUCAUAACCAGGUGUCCGCUGGUGCUGAAACUGACAAAGCAGGAGUGCAAGUGGACCGGGAGAGUCAGCUGCCGGGAGACGGAGCUCCAGGUGCAAGACCCCUCCCAGGUGGAGAGAGAAAUACGGGGAGCCCAGGAUGCCCUAGCUGGCAAUGGAGUUGGCAUUAGCCACGAGCUCAUUAGUCUGGAGAUCACCUCUCCUGAGGUUGCAGAUCUGACCCUCAUUGAUCUUCCCGGCAUCACCAGGGUGGCCGUGGGAAACCAGCCCCAUGAAAGCAAGUACAAGAUCAAGUCUCUCAUCAGGAAGUACAUCCUUAAGCAGGAGACCAUCAACUUGGUGGUGGUCCCGGCUAAUGUGGACAUCACCACCACGGAGGCACUGUGCAUGGCUCAGGAGGUGGACCCCCAAGGAGACAGGACCAUAGGAAUCUUGACGAAGCCCGAUCUGGUGGCCAAAGGCAACGAAGACAAGGUAGUGGACGUGGUGAGAAACCUCGUCUUCCACCUGGAGAAGGGCUACGUGAUCGUCAAGGGCCGGGGCCAGCAGGAUAUCCAGCACCAGCUGAGCCUGACCAAGGCCCUGUAGAAGGGUCAGGACUUCUUUGAGAACCACGCCCAUUUCAGGGGUCUUCUGGAGGAAGGAAGGGCCACGGUCCCAUGCCUGGCCGAAAGACUGACCACCGAACUUAUCAUGCACAUCUGUAAAUCUCUGCCCCUGUUAGAAAAUCAAAUAAAGGAGAGUCACCAGAGAAGAAUAACAGAGGAGCUACAGAAGUAUGGCUCAGAUAUCCCGGAAGACGGAAGGGGAUAGAUGUGAGUAUUGCCGGGGAAAAUUGAUGCAUUUAAUAAAGAGAUCACUAAUAUAAUAGAAGGGGAAGAAUUCUUGGGAGAGUAUGACUCUCAGCUGUUGAACAAAAUGCGAACCGAGUUCUACAAAUGGAGUAUUGUGGUUGAAAACAGUUUCCAAAAAGGAGGUCAGCACCCGCACCUCCCGCCACACCCCCUUGAUCAUCCGGUUCUUCGUACUCAAGACGAAGUUCGGCGGCCGGCUGCGGAAGGGCAUGCUGCAGCUGCUGCAAAACAAGGACGAGUACGACUGGCUGCUGACGGAGCUCAGCGACACCAGCGACAAGAGGAAACUCCUGAGGGAGCGGCUCGCCAAGGUCCGCUGAACCCGCCCUCCGUCCCGCCCCCGGGGUCUCCAGGGAGCGGGCGACCGACGUCCUUCCCCGCCAGCCUCGCGUCGUUAGCUGACCAUUUCACAGCUGCUCCGGUGGUCAGUAGUCAGACUGUAGCCAUCAUCCCUGCUGUGAGUGGAUGA